AUGGCUUCUGCCACAGCUUUAGACCCGGACGACUCUGAAGUCUUUUCCGAGCCUAAAGUUCCUGAUCCCGUCAAUCCUCUUUCUUUAGCAGGAUAUAUCAAUGACGUUAUUGCCACUCUUCUCGAGGAUCCAACUGCAACUAUUCUCGACCCGGCUUCUACGCCUCUUGUGUUAAAACUCUGCUCAGCAUUUGCCGCAGAUUCUUCUACAGCUGUCAUAUUCAUCAUUAGAGAUGCUCAUAUUGACCCAGAAGAUGAAACCACAUACUACACCUACCGAAUCGAUACUACACCAUCAAUCACUACAGAUUCCACACAAUGCAUUGCAGUCAUCAAGGAUCCUACUCCAAUUGACUCUUCUCACGCCUUUCACUCUCGUCUACAGACUCUUCUCCUCCCAUUACCAGCAGCGCAACUUGCUGAGGGUGCGACCAGCCCUUAUGAAGCCCUUCAUUCUAUCAUCCGUUAUGCCAUCAGUCCAUUUUUUGAGGCCUCUGCACAGCUUUCUUCCGCUUCUUCUACAGACAAAGCAGCCACCACUGCCACAGCUGCUGUUCCUGCAACUCGCCGCAAAAUUGCUGAACUUGAACUUUCCCUGCUUCAUCUUCAACAAAAUGUAGAGAUUCCAGAACUCACUCUCAAUAUUCAUCCUACCAUCGAACAUGCAUUACUUUCCCUUUCGCCAGAGGAUGAUUUUCCACCAUCAAUCGAUUUGAUUCCUGCUCAAUAUCUUACAGAUACUGAUUUUCUCAACACUCUUCAGUCUAACGUCAAUGGUUGGAUCAAAUCGAUCCAGGGUACAACUCGCAUGAACCGGGACCCUUACACCGGAUCAGCCACCCAAGAAAUUAACUUUUGGCUCUCUAUGGAGACAGCUUUAAAACAUAUUGAUGAUCAGCUUCAAGGCCCCGGUGUUUCUCUUACCCUUGCUAUUCUCCGCAAUGCCAAACGUUUUCACGCCACUGUCAGUUUCCUUUCCGAUACAGGUAUUAAAGAAGCUUCGGAAACAGUUGCAAAAUACAAUCAACUCAUGCGCGACUUUCCUCUUGACGAUCUCAUUUCCGCAACUUCUCUAAAUGGGGUGCAACGUGCCCUUUUACUCAUUUUUUCUCAUCUAAACAAAAAACUCAGAAUUACCCCAUACCCUGCAUGGCGUGCCUUGGCUCUUGUCGAGGGUAUUUCUGCUGAUUUCAACGCUUCUCUACAAUCUAUUCUUAACACUACCCGUCUUAUGCAUCUUGACUAUUCCACAUUCCUUUACACUAUAAACCAAGCCAAUGACAUUUUUGUUGUCUGGGACGACCAGUUCAAGGAGUUUGCCAACGUUGCUCGUGAAGUCAUUCGCAAGCGUUCUGAAAAAUUUAUUCCCAUCCGUCUCAAUGCCAAAUAUCUUAAGACUAAAGAGAGACUUGAUUAUAUCACAUCCUUCCGUAAGCGUCACCAGGAACUUAGAAAUACUCUUGCACGUGUGCUUGGUGCAGGAAAAACCCAACUUGUGGGCCUUGAAGGCCUUGAUCCUCUUGACGAGAUUGAAGAAGCAUAUUCUAUUUUAAAGAAUAUUAAUGCUUUGGAUACUACCCAGGAUGGCGUCUACACAUGGAACAAGGCUGAAAAAGAAUACGAAGAACGCACUACUCGUGUUGAAAAUGCAAUCAUUGCAAUGCUGAGGGACAGACUAGCUACGGCUAAAACCUCAAACGAAAUGUUUCGGGUUUUUUCAAAGUUUAAUGCUUUGUUUGUUCGUGCUUCUAUCCGUGGUGCAAUUCAAGAAUAUCAAUCACGCCUUAUUGAAAACGUCAAGGCAGACAUUGCCACACUUCAAAAUCGCUUCCGUCUCCAGUACUACAACUCUGAAGCCUAUGAAAUGUCCAAGAUUCGUGAUAUCCCACCAGUUUCGGGCAGCAUCAUUUGGAUCCGUCAGAUUGAGCGCCAGCUUAAUACCUAUAUGAAGCGCGUCGAGGCUGUCCUAGGUAAAGGAUGGCAACACUAUGCAGAGGGUCAGAAACUUCAUGCAGAAAGUGUUUCCUUUCGCCAAAAGCUUGAUAGCACUCCCAUAUAUGAGGCUUGGCUUGCCUCCAUUGCUCAAAAACCCAACCUUAGCAUUAGCGGCCAUCUCUUCCGCGUAUCCAAAUCACGAAAAUCAGGAACGGCUGUUUAUGAGCUUUCUGUUAACUUUGAUCCAGAGAUCAUCACCCUCUUUAAAGAAAUUCGCAAUCUUACAUGGCUCAAGUUCCCGGUCCCCCAUUCUCUUAAUGCCGUCUCCAAGGAUGCAAAAUGCGCAUACCCUUUCGCCGUUGGCCUCAUAGACACUUUGAAAACAUUUUUCAAUACCCAGACUGUCAUUGAAAAGUUGCCUUCAAAAACCAGUGGCCUACUCAAUGGAUAUGAGAAUGAUGUCUAUAAUCUUUUAUCAAAGGGAAUUGCCAUUUCCUGGGAAUCUUUUAUCCACGAUUCGAUGUUUGACAAGGAUACUCGCCAUACAAAGUUUGUUCAAAAGCUCGAGACAAGUGUCAAGAUACUUGAAUCUAAAACUGACCAAGCUGCAAUCACAUACUCUACUAUUUCGUCAUCUCUUUCUCAGCUCAAAUCAUGCCCUUUUGGAUACGAUUCUUUCCAGUCGUGUCUUGUACAAAUUCAGGAACAAGUGGAUAAACUCAAUCUAGACGGCUAUGCUAACAUCCGGGAUUUUGUACACAACCUUAACAAUGAGAUUGAACAGAUUCUAAUUGAGCGCUGCCGCACGGUGGUCAAUCAAUGGAAUGCAUCUUUUGACCAACCCGAGCUUGCUAAAACUCUUGGCGUUCCCAAUGAUAUCCGUGUUCAUGAACUCAUUCUAAAAAACCGCGUCAUUUCGCUUUAUCCUCCCAUUGAAUCUGCACGAAGCUCAUGGCUCUACAAUUUUCAGGAGAAUGUAAAUUGUGCAUCACGCCUUAAAAUGAUCAAAUCAGACCGAUUCGAUCUCCAACUAAAAGCCCAGCAGCAAUCAAAUGCUACAUUCUCUGAUAUUCCAAAUCACUUAAGCCACGAAAUCAGCAAGACACUUGUUUUGAUUGAACACCACAUUCACAAUGCCGAGGUUUAUCUUGACAAUUGGUAUCAGUUCCAAUCUCUCUGGGACCUUGAACCUACUCAAGUCUUUGAUUUCCUUGGCGACAGUAUGCCAAAAUGGCUCCAGAUUCUCAAUGAGAUCCGCAAAGCCAGAUCCACUUUCGACACGACAGAAAUGUACAAGACUUUCGGACUUUUACGAAUUGAUUUCCGUACUGUGCAAGUUCGAAUUAAUGCAAAGUACGAUUCAUGGGAGCAAGAAGCCAUGCUCAAGUUUUCUCAACAGCUCAAUACCGCCAUGCGGGAUCUUUGCGGUGUGAUUGAAACUAAUCGUCGUGAUCUUGAACUUAUGAAUACUGACUUUACUUUUACAGAUCAGGUUGUCGCUACUGUUACUAAAGUCCAAGCAUGCAAUAUCUCGUUGCAAAAGUGGGAGAAAGAAGUUAAUCUUUAUCUUAAUGGUCAGACGGUACUUUCACGUUACCGGUUCCGGUUCCCCUCUAACUGGCUCUACGUUGAACAACUUGAAAGUGAGUUUUCAGCACUCGGUGAAAUUCUUGAAAAGAAAUCAGCCAUUAUUGAGUCCCAGAUUGAUGCUAUUCGGGCCCGCGUUCAAAACGAGAUGAAGCGCCUUACUGACCGCAUCAACAAUCUUGAUCGCCAAUGGGAGCAGGACAAACCUAUUGCAGGAUCUCUUAAUCCUUCAAACGCUCUUCAGCUUUUACAACGAUUUGAAACUGAGGCAUCUUCGCUUUUGGCAUCUGCUGAGCUUUUGGCUAAAGCAUCGAAUGCACUCGACUUAACAUUCAAAGUUUCUAGCAGUCUUGAGCCAAUUCUCGAAGAAAUUCGUGAUUUUAACUCUGUAUGGUCUGCACUGGAGAGUAUUUGGAACUCCAUAAACGACCUUAAGGAAACACCUUGGGCUAGCAUUGUCCCUCGUAAAAUCCGCAAAAGUCUUGAUGAUCUUGUGGAAAUGACUAAGGGUAUGCCUACACGGAUUCGUCAGUACGCUGCAUUUGAGCAUAUCCAGACCGUGCUUAAGAAUCUCAUUAGAGCUCAACCGUUGCUUGUGGAUCUUAAGGGUGAUGCUAUUCUUGAACGUCAUUGGCAAAAGAUUUUUAAGCGUCUUUCAAAAAAUCAAACUAUUUUCUACAACUCGUUAACACUCGGCGACGUUUGGGGGCUUGGCCUGUUGGAAAACUCUGCAGCUAUCAAAGACAUUGUUGCUGAAGCACAAGGUGAGCUUGCUCUUGAGAUCUUUUUGCGCCAGGUGCGUCAAGUGUGGUCCAACUACGAGCUCCAACUCAUCAACUACAAAAACACAUGCCGUCUUAUCAAGGGAUGGGACGAAUUGUUCCAAACGUGCAGCGACCAUUUGAACUCACUGAGCGCCAUGCACCACUCACACUACUUUAAGGUCUUUGAAGAGGAAGCACGCGGAUGGGAAGAGAAGCUUAACCGCGUUCACGUUCUUUUUGACGUCUGGAUUGAUGUCCAGCGCCAGUGGGUUUACCUAGAAGGCGUUUUUAACAACAACUCAGAAAUCAAGCACAUUCUACCUGUCGAAUCUUCACGCUUCCAGAGCAUUAAUUCAGAGCUUUUUGUUAUUUUGCGCAAGGUAUACAAAUCGCCUCUUGUCCUUGAUGUUCUCAACAUUCCUGGUGUCCAGCAGUCUAUUGAACGUCUUGCAGAUCUUCUUUCCAAGGUUCAAAAGGCGCUUGGUGAGUACUAUGAGCAGGAGCGUCAACGUUUUGCUCGCUUUUACUUUAUUGGCGAUGACGACUUGCUUGAAAUUAUUGGCAACUCCAAUGAUAUUAAUAGAGUUGAAAAACAUCUUUCCAAAAUGUUUGCUGGUAUUGCCGGGCUUUUGCAUGACGGCCUCCAAAUUACUGGUGUCCGCUCUAAAGAGGGUGAAGAAGUUCAACUUAUUUCGCCAAUUAAUUUGGCCAAGACGCCCAAGGUGGUCGACUGGUUGCUAGAGCUUGAACAAAAUGUUUGCAUUUCACUUUCGACUAUUCUCGGCGACUCCACCCAAUCAUUUACAAGUGUAUUUAAUAAUACAGAUGCUCUUGUUCCUUGGUUGCAAUCUGUGCCAUCUCAGAUCUCCAUUGUCACAUCCCAAGUUUUUUGGACUAAGGCUGUAGAAAAUGCAGUCACUUCUCCCGAUGAUUUGCGUUCACUACGUGAAGUAUAUGCACAAAUACUGAGCCAUUUAGCACAGUCUGUUCUCAAAGAUCUUUCCAUCAUUGACCGCAAAAAAUGCGAAAGUUUUAUUACUGAGAUUAUUCACCAGCGUGACGUUGUUACUCAGCUAAUUGAUACUGGCGUUAAUUCUGUCGAUGACUUUUCUUGGCAAUCACAGCUUCGCUAUUAUUAUGAUGAGGACAUCGAAAACCCUACUCUUCGUCUUACAGUCAUUCAGGCCAAGGCCGAAUUUAAGUACGGGUUUGAAUAUCUCGGUAUGCCCGACCGUCUUGUUUCCACACCACUCGUUGACAAGUGCUUCUUAGCAAUGACCCAAGCACUUGACCAGCGACUUGGUGGGUCGCCUUUUGGUCCUGCAGGCACAGGAAAGACAGAGUCUGUAAAGGCGCUGGGUCACAACCUCGGUAAAUACGUUGUUGUUUUUUGCUGCGACGAGUCUUUUGAUUUCCAGGCAAUUGGCCGCAUUCUUACAGGUGUGUGCCAGGUUGGUGCAUGGGGCUGCUUUGAUGAGUUCAACAGAUUAAAUGAACAGAUUCUUUCUGCAGUCUCCACACAGAUUGAGGCAAUCGAACUCGGUAUUAAAGAAUCCAUCAACACCAACACACAAUCUGUGAUUGAGCUAGUGGGUCGAACUGUUUCUAUUGACGAUAAUACAGGCAUUUUUAUUACAAUGAAUCCUGAGUAUACUGGUAGAAACACCCUACCAGAGAAUCUAAAACGCCUUUUCCGCAGUUUUUCCAUGGCCAAACCUGACAAAGAAAUUAUUGCCGAAGUUAUUCUCAAUUCCCAAGGAUUCAUUCAUGCCAAAAAGCUUGCACAGAUUGUUGUUCCCUUCUUCACUGAACUUCAAAACCGUCUCUCGUCACAAAUCCAUUAUGAUUUUGGUUUACGUGCACUUAAAAAUGUGCUGGCUACUUCUGGUACUCUUAAGCGUGCACAACUCUCGGACCAGUCUUUUAAAGAUACUGAUACCUGGGAAGCUUCCAUUAUUUUGCAAUGUUUGCGUGAAACAGUUGCUCCCAAGCUUGUGGCAGAAGACACUCAAAUCAUGUUGGCCAUUGAGGAAACUCUUUUCCCUAAUAUUACCUACAAGGGUUCACAUUCUCCCGAGCUCGAAGCUAGCAUUCGUUCUUUUGCAGAAACCAAUGGCCAUGUUGUCUCAGACGAGUGGCUAGCAAAGGUUAUUCAACUUUACCAGUUUCAAAAGAUCCACCAUGGUAUCAUGCUUGUUGGAGCUGCUGGUUGUGGUAAAUCAAGCGUAUGGCGCACACUUUUGGAUGCGUUGCAAACUGUUGAAAAGACAGAAAGUGUCUUCCAUUUGAUCGAUCCCAAAGUUAUGUCCAAAGAAGUUCUUUUCGGAAGUCUUGACUCUACAACACGUGAGUGGACUGACGGGUUUUUUACUGCGAUUUUGCGUCGCAUUGUCGAAAACUUGCGUGGUGAAGACCAGAAACGCCACUGGAUUGUAUUUGAUGGUGAUGUUGACCCUGAAUGGGCUGAAAAUUUGAACUCUGUUUUGGAUGACAAUAAGAUUCUUACCCUUCCCAAUGGUGAACGCAUCUCUCUUCCAGACAAUGUCCGCAUUCUUUUUGAGGUUGAGAAUCUCAAGUAUGCAACACCUGCCACUGUCAGUCGUUGUGGUAUGAUUUGGUUUGGACCAAACGUUGUUACAAGCCGCAUGCAGCUUUCUCGAUUUUUAUUUCAACUCAAGGACAAUGCCUAUGAUGAUGUUGAAGAAGAUAUUUCUGGACUUAAUACUGCAGAUAUUCAGGCUGAAUUAAUUGUUCAUAUCAGGUCUGUUUUUAAUGAACUUGAUAUUGACAGUCUUCUUUCUUUUGCAGCUGAACUCAAUCAUGUUAUGGAGUUCAAAAACGUGCGUGCACUUUACUCGGCCUUUUCUUUCAUCGACUCGGCAUGUCUCAAAAUUUUACUCUUUAUGAACCAACAUUUGGAGUAUUCAAUUGAUGCUGACCAACGUCAAGCAUACAUUAAAAGGUCAGUUCUGCUUUCUCUUGUUUGGGCGCUUGCCGGUGAUUGUUUGAUUAGAGACCGUGAAGCUUUUGGAAAGCACCUUUUGUCGCUUGCACCAUUUUCUACUCUUGGCCUUGAUCACACAACUUUGUUGAUUGACUACGAUGUCAACUUACCUUCAGCUCAAUGGGAAAAGUGGAUUGAUAAGGUUCCCCGGGUGGAUCUUGAAACACACUCUAUCAUUCAGACUGAUGUGGUGGUGCCUACGCUUGACACUGUUCGUCACGAGAGCUUGAUUUACAGCCUUCUUAAUAGUCAUCGACCUAUUGUACUUUGUGGUCCUCCAGGUUCUGGUAAAACAAUGACUUUAUUUGGUGCUCUUCGAAAGUCGCCAAACCUCGAUGUUAUGGGUCUUAAUUUUUCCAAGGCUACGACACCCAACCUGCUCAUCAAAUCGCUUGAGCAACAUUGUGAGUACAAAAAGACUAUGAAUGGCAUGACCCUUUGCCCCUCGCAAAUUGGCCGUUGGCUUGUUGUAUUCUGUGAUGAAAUUAAUUUGCCUGAACGGGAUCGUUACGGAACUCAGCGUGCUAUUUCACUUCUUCGUCAGAUGAUUGAGCAGCAAGGAUUUUGGAGUCCUACCAAGAAGCAAUGGAUUACACUCUCUCAUAUUCAGUUUGUGGGUGCUUGUAACCCGCCUACUGAUGUUGGCCGCCAGGAGCUCAACAUGCGUUUCCUGCGCCAUACUGCUGUGGUUCUUGUUGAUUAUCCUGGUGAAACAUCACUGCAUCAAAUUUAUGAGACUUUUAAUUCAGCCAUCCUUAAGACCGUUCCCUCACUACGUGGCUAUGCCAACAUUCUUACGAGCGCAAUGAUUGAAUUUUACAUGUGUUCACAGGCACAGUUUUCAAACUCAAAGCAUUCUCACUACAUUUAUUCACCGCGUGAACUUACUCGUUGGUGCCGUGGCAUCUACGAAGCCAUCCAUCCCCUUGAACAUCUUUCUUUAGAGGGCCUUGUUAGAAUCUGGGCACAUGAAGCUCUUCGUUUAUUUCAUGAUAGACUUGUUCAAGAUGACGAAAGAAAAUGGACUCACGAACUUUUGCACAAUGUUGCUUACAAGCAUUUUGUCAAUGUGGAUCUUAUCACUACUCUUAAAAUGCCUAUUUUGUAUUCCAAUUGGCUUACCAAGGAUUACUUGCCUGUUGAUGGUGAUGAGCUCAAGGCUUUUGUUAAAGCUCGCAUGAAAACUUUCUGUGAAGAAGAUCUUGACAAGCCACUCAUUUUAUUUGACGAUCUUCUUGAUCAUAUUCUUCGCAUUGACCGUGUUCUUAGACAACCCCAAGGUCAUCUGAUUUUAAUCGGUCUAAGUGGUAGCGGCAAAACAACAUUAUCUCGAUUUGUUGCUUGGAUGACCGGCCUACGUGUUGUUCAACUUAAAACAACACGAAAAUACACACAAGAGGAUUUUGACACUGAUUUGCGCCACAUUUUGCGUCGUGCGGGUACUAAUGGCGAAAAGAUUUGCUUUAUUCUUGAUGAGUCUAAUAUCCGUGAGGCCACUUUCCUUGAACGAAUGAAUACACUUUUGGCUAAUGGUGAAGUUCCUGGCCUGUUUGAAGGUGACGAUUUUACGACUCUCAUGACUGCUUGCAAGGAAGGAGCUCUUCGUCAAAGUCUUAACCUUGAUUCACAAGACGAGCUUUACAAGUGGUUCACAAGCGAAAUCAUCCGAAACCUGCAUGUCAUUUUUACUCUUAACCCCCCUGAUGAUGACCUUUCUUCACAUGCCGUUGCAUCCCCAGCUCUUUUCAACCGUUGUGUUUUGAAUUGGAUGGGUGACUGGUCUGACGCUUCUCUAUUCCAAGUUGCUUCUUCUUUGACUGAAUUCUUAAGUAUUGACCGUUCGGAAUUUAAGGUUUCUGAAAAUGCGACUGCAUUACUUCCCAAGAUAUAUCCCUUGAGCUCUUACCGUGCAACUUUGGUUAAUGCCAUGGUAUACACUCAUAAAAGCGUUCUGGACCUUAACAAAUCGUUCAAACUCUCUAUUUCUCCCAGUGAUUUUUUAGAUUUUGUCAACCACCUUGUUAGAAUUUUCCAUGAAAAGAGUGAAGAACUGGAAGAUCAACAGCGUCACUUUAACGUGGGUGUUGAAAAGCUUUUGGAUACUGUUCUGAAGGUACGUGAACUUAAGGCCAACUUGGCAGAAAAGAAAUCGCGCUUGGAAAUCAAGAGCGAUGAAGCCAAGCAAACGCUCCAGCGUAUGGUUGCUGAACAGAAUGAGGCCGAGCGCAAGCGUGAAGCGUCAAUUAAAAUUCAGAGGGCUCUUAAGGUACAAGAGCAAGAAAUUGCUAUGCGCCAAGAAAUCGUCUUGAAUGACUUGGCUGUUGCUGAACCUGCUGUUAUCGAAGCUCAAAAGAGCGUCAGCAAUAUUAAAAAGCAGCAUCUUACAGAGCUGAGAUCCAUGGUCAACCCCCCAGAGGCUGUUAAACUUGCUCUUGACUCUGUGUGUACAUUGCUUGGAUACAAUGCACAAACUUGGAAGGAGAUUCAGGCUUAUGUACGUCGUGAUGAUUUCAUCUCCAACAUUGUCAAUUUUGAUAGUGAAUCACAAAUGACACCCACUCUGCGACACAGAAUGGAAAGUGAGUUUUUGUCACUGCCUAAUUUCAAUUUUGAAACAGUCAACAGAGCCAGUAAGGCAUGUGGGCCAUUGCUACAAUGGGUAGAGGCUCAAGUUAACUAUGCUUCAAUACUUGAGCGUGUUGGUCCUUUGCGUGAAGAAGUUUAUACUCUCGAAGAAGAAGCUAACCAGACCAAAGCUCAAGCCAAGGCCAUUAUUGAUAUGAUUGGCGAGCUCGAACAAAGCAUUGAGAAAUUCAAAGAUGAUUACGCUGUUCUUAUCACAGAGGUGCAGACUAUCAAGAGUGAAAUGGUUGCUGUCGAAAACAAGGUCAGCCGUAGUAAAGUUUACCUGGUGAUGAUUUUGCUUUCUGCUGCUUUCAUGACUUAUGCCGGUUACUAUGAUCAACCUGUUCGUGAGCGCAUUUACAUGAUCUGGAGGAACUUUUUGGAAAAUUCUGGCAUUCCGUUCCAUAAAGACAAUACACUUGGAAACUACCUUGCCACUGGAGAACAACGUCUUAAAUGGCGUAGCGCUGAUCUUCCUCCUGACAAUCUUUAUGUUGAGAACGCGGUCAUGAUCUCUCGAUAUGACCGCUACCCUCUCAUUAUUGAUCCAACAGCACGUGUUAUUUCAUUUCUGGAGAAGCAGCACAGUAACAAAAAGCUCACUGUCACUAGUUUCCUUGAUGAUGCAUUUGUGAAGCACUUGGAAAGCGCCAUCCGUUUUGGCAACCCAAUUCUCAUUCAAGAUGCUGAAUACCUUGAUCCCAUUCUUUCCCAGAUUCUCAAUAAGGAAUACAAAAAGACAGGUGGUCGUGUUUUGAUAGAACUUGGAAAUCAAGAUAUUGAUUUCUCAAAAGACUUUAAAUUGUAUUUGCUUACACGCGAUCCAUCUAUUGUCAUUCCUCCACACAUUAGCGCUCGCACCACCAUUGUUAACUUUAGUGUUACACGAAGCAGUUUGGAAAGUCAGACAUUGAAUCAGGUUCUGAGAGCAGAAAGACCUGAUGUCGAAGAGAAGCGUCUACAAUUGAUUCAAUUGCAGAGUGAAUACAAGGUUCACCUUAGACAGCUUGAAUCGCAGUUGUUACAAGCGCUCAACGAAUCCGAGGGCAACAUUCUUGACAAUGAGAAGAUUAUUGACACCCUUGAAAAGCUUAAGGUCGAGGCAGCUGAAAUCAGUGCCAAGGUGGAAGAAACAGAUAACGUUAUGACGACAAUUGAUGAAGUAAUGAAUCAGUACCGUCCGCUGGCUGUGCACUGCGGUAAGAUCUUUGCAAUUUUGGAAAAACUUCAUCUCAUCAACCCAUUUUACCAGUUUUCGCUUGAAUACUUUUUAAAGAUUUUUUCUUCUCUUUGGACCACUGGAGCUAAAUCAGACAUGUCAUCUUCUCGUGUUUCUGAGCUCAUAAAUCUUAUCUAUGCCAACACCUUCAAUGCUACCUCUGCGUCGCUUCUUAACAAGGAUAAGCCUGCAUUUAUGCUGUUGCUUGCUCAGGCUUACAGUUCUGACAUUGGCCCUAAUAAGCUUGCUCGGGUGUUGAACAAGCACGAUCUUAAAGGUAUCAACAUUGACGAGCCUGGGUGGUUCUCUAAGAUUGAGGGAAUUUUGGAUGAAUUUGCUGACAUUGACAUCAACUCUGUCGAUGAGCCAUCGUUGACAGAUGCUCUCAAGAACCGCAAAGGUGGAUCUGUGCCUAUCAAUAUUUGGGGUGAAACAUGCAGCGAAGCGUUGCGCCAGCUAUACAAUCUUCUUUUGGUCAAGCUUGUUCAGCCUAAAGAAUUUUUGGAGUAUGUGAACAACUUUUGCGGUUCUUUGUUUCCAUUUCCUUUGGAUAUGAAUUGCGAUUUGGAGGAUUUGAUUUUAAGCCACAGUGAUAGUUCCACACCACUUGCCCUUUGUGCUACUAGAGGUAGUGACCCCUCGUUCAAGGUUGAAACUGUUUUGAACCGACUUGGCAAAAAGUGUGAGAUUGUGGCACUUGGAUCUAAGGAAGGAAACUUGAAUGCAGACAAAGCUAUUUUGACUGGAUCGCAAAAAGGCACCUGGGUAUUGAUUCAAAACGUGCACUUGUCACCAUCGUGGCUUGAAAAGUUGGAAAAACAUGUUUUGUCUACACGUCACCAUCCUGACUUUAGACUACUAUUGACAAUGCAGACAAGUGCACGAAUUCCUACAACAUUGCUGCGCCUGUCUCGUGUGGUCAUGUUUGAACCGCCAUGGGGUAUCAAAUCUAGCAUGCAGGCCAGCUUGCGGCUCAACAAUGCCACCCGUCUUUUGCGGCCGCCGAUUGAGCGUGGUAGACUAUACUUUCUUUUGGCAUGGCUUCACGGUGUGCUACAAGAACGUGGACGGCUGGUGCCACUUGGAUGGACUAAGCCAUAUGAUUUCAAUGAUGCAGACUUUGAGAGUGGUGCCUACGUGAUUGAUGUAUGGGUCGACGCGGUGGCUGGUACCAGGACAAAUGUGGCUCCUGCCGGAUUGCCCUGGCAAGCUAUCAGGGGUUUGCUGACCGACACUGUUUAUGGUGGAAAGAUUGAUCGCACGGAGGACUGUGAAGUGUUAGACAAAUUGGUGCGCAGUGUGUUCACCCCUGACGCGUAUAACCUUGGAUUCUCUCUUGUCACUGAUGGAUCGCUUCUUGCACCAGAAGGCAGUGGACUACCUGCAUUCAAUGAUUGGGUUGAACGACUGCCAGACCGACAACAACCUCCAGAGUGGCUGGGCUUGCCAGCGCAUGUUGAACAGUCGAUGAGGGAAAUUGAGGGUGAAGAAACUGCGUGUGCUAGUGUGACUGUGUUAGAAAGUUUAGUAGGAUAA